UCACUGAGGGUGCAAGUACGAACUAUCCUAGUGUUGUCGUGAAUUUUUUUCACACCAGUGGUGAAGUAUGCGUGAAAUAGAUUCAGAUGGUGAGGAAAACAGCAUCAAAUGCCUCUGGUCCAGUCUUCUUGAUGAAGUUACUAAUAAAGCAACUACUGGUCUACCCUCCUCAAAAACCCUAGUUGUGUUCGGUGACGAUAAGUGCGGAAAAUCAACCUUGAUCUCACGACUUCGGGGUUCUGAAGACAUUCAAGAGGGAUUUGGAAUUGAAUAUUUUCUUAUCGAAGUUAAAGAUGAGGCACGAGAUGCUACCACGAAUUUAAGUGUUUGCAUUUUGGACGGUAAUCCUAUUCAGAGUUACCUUCUCCAAUAUGUUAUUACCGAGGAUUCAUUCUGCGACCAAACUGCCAUUAUUGUUGUUAGCAUCAGUGAACCAUGGAAGGUUAUAGAAAGCUUAGAAAUGUGGGCAGAUGUACUCAAAAAUCAUAUAAAUAAACUGAAACUUCCAAAAGAUAAGUUAAAGAUGUACAAGUCAAAAG